ACAUUUUGUUUGUUUGAUUCGAGUGAAAAUUGGAGAGCAAUUUGUAAAUAAAUACAAAUCAUAAAAUAAUAAAAUUAUGGAAAUAAACAUAACUUGGAAUAUAUGCCGUGUGUGUCUCAUAGAAGAUAGUAAAAUAAGCAGUGAUAAAAAUGGACAGCUAAAGCCUCUCUUUGAAGAGGGAAACAAACUUGCAGCAAACAUUUACCAAUUCUCCGGCGUUGUGAUGAAACUCAACGAUGGUCUUCCGGAUAAAAUUUGUCUCAAAUGCAUCAAGAUACUUAAAUAUGCAGUGUAUUUUCGCACAACUUGUCGACAAUCCGAUAGGAACCUGCAGUCAAUAAUACAACGUACCAAAGCGGCUAGUAAUAUGUUUAGGCAGGAACAUCGCAAGGAUAUUUUAGAAGAGGAAUUGCCAGAUGACAAUUUUUAUUGCGACGACGAUAAUGAGGAUAUGGACAUAUCAGCAUUAAAUGAUAGCGACGAUGGUGUAUCUUUAGACCAUAAAACGGAGGAAGAGCACAUAGAACAACGGAGCCCUAAACAAAGCAGGAAUCAUAAUAUGGAUCAAAAAACAAUUAAGGCUGGAGAAAAAAAAUUGCCAUCAGAGUCUCAAGUAGCUACAAGAACUACAAAGAAUGUAAAUGAAGCCAUAAUUGAGCAUGAAGAGGGAUUGGUUCUAGAAUUAGUUGGCGAUAACAUAAAUGAAGAUUUGGAACAUAAGAAUUCCCAAAAUUAUGUAAAAACUCCAGCUGAAGAUGUUGCUAACAACCAAGAGGCAGAAGGAAAUUUUAAGCCAGGGCAUACAAACAAGUCCGAAUUGGAGAUGUACAAUGACCAAAUUAACUUACCAUCUUCUUCCUCCACAAAUUUAGUAGAACAUAUGCUAGAAGAAACGGAAACUUUCAGUAUUGACGAUGACGAUACAAAUGAGAAUUUCAUAGAGCAUACGGCAACAGAGAGCACUGCGGGUACAAAUAUUAAGCAACAGAUUGAUGAAAAUGAUGAGCUUUACUACAUCAUAAAUACUAUUAAGCAAAAUCGUAAUGAAGACGAACAGCAUACAGAAAGUCCUAAAGAGUCCUAUAAUGAAGAUGAUGUAGAUUACCUACCAAUGGACGAAGAACAGCAAGAUAAAAAACAUCAUAUGGAUGAGGAAGAGGAUGACUAUGAACACAACGACGAAGAGUUUGAUGACAAUCAAAGUUAUGUUACCUCAACUGUGGUAACGAAGGAAGAAAUAGAUUUGGAGGACGGCAAUUCCAACAUUUCUAACAAUAGAGACACUGAAUAUAUAAUCGAUGACUUUGUUAUAGAUGAGCGUAGCACCACCAGCCAGCAUAGUAACAAUAGUCCACUACACAACACAGCCAUGGGCAUAUCAAUGAAAAGUUCUAAAUUACAGCAACAAAUGGCAAAUGACAUAAGACAUGAGAAACGCUUAGUUCGAAAAUUAAGUAAUUUAUCUAGUACUAGGAAACCUUUACCAAACAUCAUAUCACAAAGUGUUUGUUGUGAACUCUGUGGCAAUAGUUUUAGCAAUCGUCAUCUUAUGAAUAAACAUAUGAAGAUUCAUAGGCAGGAAAAAUCACACGAAUGCGAAAUCUGUUUGAAACGUUUUAUAACGGCCUGCAAUCUUCAAGCUCACAUGCGUAUCCACACAGGUGAAAAACCUUUCGAAUGUAAAUUUUGUGGUAGACGUUUCACAGAUCGCAGUACACAAAUUCGACACGAGAGAAUUCAUACAAAUGAGAAGCCUUUUACUUGCGAUAAUUGUGGAAAAUCUUUUGGUUUGGCCACCUCCCUGCAUGCACACAUGAGAGUUCACACAGGCGAAAGACCAUAUAGAUGUGAACCUUGUGCCAAAUCCUUUAAAUUAGCUCAUCAGUUAAAAGCCCAUCAAAAUACCAGCCUACACAAAACAGUGGAGCAAGUUCAUCACACGUACAUAGAGACAUAAUAAAAUAUUUUGGUUUUUU